UGAAUAAGAAAUAUGUACUAAUUGUGAGUUGUUUAUAUGAGAACUAAAUGGCUGAUAAAAACAUCAAAGUAAUCCAUCAGUUUCUUCUAGAUCAUAAUUUUGAGAGCACUGCUAAAGCUUUAAUUCAAGAAGUUUCAAAAAUGGGCUUCCAAAAUUCAACAUACAAAUUAGAAGCUACUGCAGAUCCGUAUGCUCAAUUAAUAUUAUGUUUCAAUAUCGGAGAUUAUUCGACUUUUUUCCAGUUAUGGGAGGAUUUGUUUUCUAACAACACUAAACAGUGUGAAGAAUACAAAAAAUUAACAUUUUAUUUACAUGUGCAUUUUGCUAUAUUACCUAAACGUAAAUUAGGCAUUGAUCAAUAUAAAAAACAAUUGACAUCAGAAAUAAAUACAUCAAAAUUGUCUUCAGUAAAAGGAGAUUCUAUUAUGGAAAGAUACAAGGAGAACAGUGCAACUGAAAUCGAAACAAAUAUCAAUAACAGCAUGAAACAAUUACAAGAUUAUUUGAAUGGAGAUGGCAAAGAAUUAGAAAAUGACAAAGAAUUACAAUCGUUUUAUGCGUUACCAUUUAUAGAAGAUAUUUAUGCAGAUACUUUUUUCUCCAAAAUAUUAGAACAACAUUGGUUGGAUGAGCUAUUAAGAAAUCUAGAUUUAUUUAUUACAAAUCACAAACAAGAUUUGGCCGACUUGAAUAUAAAUCUUAAUAGAGUGCAAUCGCGAGAUUUAGUACAUAUUAUGCCAGUAACAAAAAUGGGUGUUGCAGAAUCAAAUACUGCAAAUAAGACUACAAGGAAUAAUAUGUCAAUUGUGCCAAACGAUAGAGAUAUACCCAUAUUUUUGGAAAAUCCUGAUGAUGAGGAGCAGUACAGUUUAUCUCAUAAAAGUCGUAAUUUAAAGUCGAAAGAUACACAAACAUAUAUUACUGGAGACCAAAUUAUAAUCAAUGAUUCGCGAGAAAAUUUAUUGAAUCCGGGAGAAAGUGUUAAUAGUUUGCUGAAGAUGCACAAACUAGAGAAAAAAUUGAUUCAAUGCAAUCAAGAAUUGGCAUUGACCAAGACUCACUUAUGCAGUAUUCAUACAAGUUACGAGAAAUUAAAAGUGAGAUUUCAUAAAUUACACGCGGACUAUCAUAAGCUAAUAAAUGUUGCUGGGGAAUUAACGGUGGCAUUAGAAAACUCGGUGAAAGGGCAGACUGUUGAUAUACAAAGAACGCUUGAAAUUUGCAUGAAGAUAUUUCCAGAUUUAUUUAAUCAAAAUAUAAGAGAAACUUCUUAUCCAUCCUUGUUGCAAUUCGGUAUACAUACUAACAUAAAAGCAAUGUCCCAGCCUAAAUUUGAUCAUAUCGCAGCGUCAGUAUCUCCAAAAUUAUUGGACUACAAAAAAAUCAAGUUACAUCUGCUUAACGGCGAUGUGAAGACAAAAUUAUUACUGUUGCAAGCAUUGCGUUGGAAAAUAACACUCGCGCAGCUGAACGAACAGGAUGAAGUCCUGCACGAAUAUAUAAGCCACGAUUUGUUAGGACUUCAUGGACAAAUUGCUAGCGAUAGCGGCAAGCCAAUUUUACCAUGUUUGCUGACUGCAGGAGAAGCUUAUGCCAGGCAUCUUUUACAACAGUUCACCGCAAGAUUAUUAAACACAUUGGCUUCCUUCAGAUGCGGAAGAGAUUACUUAUCGGUCGGAUCUACUGUUGUAAACGUAAUCUUUGCUUGUCUCGAUAGAAAUUACGCUGAUGGAAUUGACAUUUUGGCAUGUGAUAUGAUGAUAGCGAUGUUACAGAAAUUAUCUUUACGUAGACAACAAAGGAUAUACAUGAUAGAAAAUGGCUUGUUAGAAUGGUUAAUCAAGCAUCUACACGAUAAAUGCCGCAUCAUAAGUUUAUACAGGCUUGAAUACGCUACCGCACUUUUAAUGAAUCUAUCAUUGCAUCGGUUAGCGCAAGCUAGAGCAUCUAAGAUAUCUUCUUUACUCGUUUCUACACUACUCAUUCUUUUCUCGAUAGAUCAUUCAUCUUCUCUACCAUAUAUUAAUGGAGCGCUAAACAAUUUUUUAAACAAUCCUGUGAUAAAUGAGGAAGCAAGAAAAAUGAAAGGUUCGAAUAUAUCGGAUUAUCUUGGAAGCAAUCAGAAAACUACAAAAAUAAGAAAGCAUCUAGAGCAUAUACUGCAAAUACAGAGGCAUGAAAAUGUUAAUACACCGCAGACUGAAGAAACUGGAGAUGAUGAUAAUGAAGAGUUGGAUGUGUUGGAAAAUGAAUUAGAUGAAAAUGAUCCGCUGCAAAAUUAUGUCGGUGAAUUGAAUGGAGAAACGCUACUUGCAAUGUGUUAUAGUGUUUCUUCAAAGAUUCCUCAAGAUGCUAUAACCACGGAUACAACUCUACAAAAGAUAUCUACGUUGAAUCCUAUCAAUAUUUACGACAAUCAACACAAUAAUCAUCUUCGUAAUAAACGCCCGUCCUAUCCUACCUUAAGGGAUAGUAGUGAGACUGCAAUAACAUCUUCUGUGACUCUUGGUCGUGAGAGUGGUCAAACAGAAAUAGAGAAAUUCAGCAGUAUAGCUUCGCUGAAUAGUAAUAAUUAUGAUAACAAUAUAGUUAAGGAUAAUUCAUGGAAAAAUGAUCCAGAACUUAUUAAAGAAGAAGAAGCAUUUUUGGCCAAGCCUAAAUUAUCAAGGACACCUCCAUAAAUAUUAUAUUAAAAAUUCCAGGAUAUGUUUGAUAAAAAAAUGUUAGUUUAUUCAUACAUAAAACAAUCAUAGAAUAGUAACUGAAACUUUCAUUAUAAAAUAAUUUUAGAAUUUUCCACAGUAUGUUUACCAUAGAUUAGGUACAAACAAUU